UUCAGCUUUUCACUUGGCUUUUUUUCAGCUUUUCAGCAUUUCACUUGGAAAAAAAUCAUGAUUGUUAUUUCUCGCGAGGAAGCAGUAUGUUUGUUUUAUGCUGUGCCAUACAAUGAAGAGAAUGUUAGAAAAUAUACCAAGAUCCUCGAUGAAACGAAAGCUAUAACCAUUUGUUACUCUGAAGAUCCUAGGCGCCCAUUUCUUUGCUCGCUAAAGUCGAUGGAACUUGAUCCAUCAGAAUAUAAACAAUACCCUGCAAUUCUGCAGGUAGCCAAACAUUCAAGCAGUUUUGAAACAACAAGUUUUUAAUGAAUAAAAGAAUUUUUUAAA